UAUGCAAUAAAUUAUAAAUCUUCAUUUUCACUCGGGAGAUCAUUUGACAUGUCUGUGAAGAAACAGGCUUUAGAGGGUAAGAACAAUGGAAGCCACAAGUCGAGUCAUUAUUAUCGAUGUUUGUCGUUCUCGUUCAUGGAGUCAUCAACGGAAGAGAAGAAGAAACCAUUGUCGUUGAAUCGUAUGGAUUCCAAAAAGCUCAAGGUAGAGAUCGUCAAGUGGGCUAAGCGUGUUGCGGGUUAUGCUCGUCAACUUAGCUCGAGGAAACAAGAUUAAGACAUUGAUGAAGAAAGCUUAUUGAAGUUUUUUGUUGUUUUGAGAAUAUGAUCAUUUUUGUUGUUGAAGCCAUUUAGGUUACUUAAUUUUCUCUUCUUUUUGGGUACAAAUUUAUUACGUAUAUCCAAAAAUUUUCCAUUUAAUGAGAAAGAUUUUUUAAUGGACAAUCUUGAACCAAAAAUUAUGGACGUGGGCAACUGGAUACAAGUAGAUAUGGUGAACAAUAUGCAAGUAAAAGGGUAGAUGCUGAUCGUGCUUUGCUUCCUGAGCAAACACCAUUCUACAAAGACCUAGCCACCAUUGCUGUCCAGUCAGGUGUAUGCGUAGAUUUAUUUGCA